UUUCAGGAAGUCGGAGAAAGGAGAAAAAAAUUUGAGAUAGUUCAGACAAAUCCGUAUGAAUGCCACUGAACAUAUGCCGAUUAUCGAUUGAUGGAGUACUGGUGAUCAUUAUAAGUACUCUUUUGACAUACUACCGAAAUACCAGCAAUGAAAGAAGUGUUGAGGAGGAAGAAGCAAUUGUUGAGAUAACAACGUUUAGCAAAGAUCAAAAGGAUGAAUUAUAUACCAUCGCCCGAAAGCUUGUGGAAUCCGGAAAAGGCAUUCUAGCCGCUGAUGAAAGCAUCGGCACGAUGGGUAAACGGUUCGCUACGAUUGGAAUGGAAAACAAUGCAAGAAACCGAAAAAACUAUCGAUAUUUGCUAUUCACAACAUCAAAUAUAUCGCAGUAUAUUUCAGGAAUUAUACUGCAUGAAGAAACAUUUAGUCAGAGAGAUGAUGCUGGUAAAUCUUUUGUGGACAUCAUCAGGGAAGCCGGCAUGUUACCGGGAAUUAAGCUUGACAAAGGUCUUAAGCAGUUUGAUGGUGGUUUAGAAUACAUCACAGAAGGUCUAGAUGAUUUGAAAGAAAGAGCUAUAUAUUUCAAAGAAAAUGGAUGUCAGUUUGCAAAAUGGCGUUGCGUGUAUGUGAUUUCCGAAGUUACGCCAUCACGAAAAGUUCUGAAGGAAAAUGCCAAGAUACUAGCACAGUACGCAGUUUCAAGCCAGCAGGCAGGGCUUGUACCAAUAAUCGAACCGGAGGUUCUUUGCGAUGGUGAACAUAAUUUAGAAAGGGCUGAAAGAGUUACGGAACAAGUCUUAGUAGAAGUUUAUAAAUCACUUCAUGAUCAUGGUGUUUACCUCGAAGGUACUCUUCUAAAACCGAAUAUGGUUGUACCAGGAUCAAAAUCCACGGACAAGGUUGGGCACGACAGAAUCGCUAAAGAAACAUUGCGAGCGCUAAGAAGAACGGUGCCUACAGCAGUGCCGGGCAUCGUUUUCUUAUCUGGUGGUCAGCUGGAAAAAGACGCUACUAGAAAUUUGAAUGAAAUUAAUAAGAUAGCAAUCAACAAACCAUGGAAACUUUCUUUCAGUUAUGGCCGAGCUCUACAAACUUCAGCUCUAAAAGCCUGGAUAAUACGUGGUCCGGACGAUGCGCAAGCAACAUUUCUACACAGAGCGAAGCUUAAUGCUUUGGCUGUUGAAGGAAACUACAUCGAUGGUUUUGAAUGAAAAAAUGAAAAUCGUUUGGUUAAAAAGAUUCUGAUAAAGUAGUAAUGUAGAUUUUUCUUUUUAAAAAACCAUAUACAU